UAUUUCAAGCGCCAAGACGUUCUGCAAUUGUUAGCAAAAAGCAUUCUUAAAAAAACGUGAUGUUUUUGUCCAUUUUUAUACCUGUUGUCUACUUCUUGACCGGUAAAAACAAAGAGCCUGUCGAGUGUUACCGUGAUACGACCCGCCUGCUCUGUGACUGGUUCUAUGAUCGUCCCUCCACCUCCUCCCAGGCAGACCAAUACGCUACGACCAGACCACAGACGGCGUUGUCCCCCGAGGGGAGACACAGAGAACCAGACAUGGCUGUCGUCCCUAACACUGUCUACCCUGAUAGCGACCAGUUCUGGAACGACCGCUACAAACAGCUGAAGACCGGGACCAACCUAAGUUGUACAACAUUCCCCAACGACAAGGUCAACUCUACAGGCCCUGUGAGCAUACCCAGAGUGUUGCCAGGGAGACAGAUAUGGUUCGGCGGCAUGACCACUCCAUUCCGUACCGCCAUGAGGAAGCUGUAUGCCGCGUCUUGUACUGAUGUGAACGUUCCGUCUGAAGAAGGCAGCUCUGUAGAUCCGUGCUACACUCCGCAGUACAAGACAUGUGAUGAAGCUGGUAGUGUGGCAGAUCCACGUUCCUGUUGCAGCUCAAUUGACAACUGCACUGGUCUCGACUGAACUUGGGAGUGGAGAAAUGGUGAAGCACGUGCUCCACGUUUGCACUGUAGCUCUGCCGACAAAAGCGAUUGGUUUGACUGAACAAGAGACAAAAGUCCGCUCAUAUGUACCAUGAUCUAAAAAAUGGGGUUACGGACGGGACCAGAUGUUUAAGUAUGCUCUGAGAGUGUAUUGAAUCCGCUCUCAACAAGAACAAUGCUAUCAACAGUGAUUUUUGAAAUGAUCCAUAUGGUAGUUGACGUUGUUCCGAAGCAUGAGUUUGAUACACGAGGAUGUUGUUCUUCCCACCUUAUACCAGGCCCUUUGAGUUUCAAAAUGUCCUGCCCGUCCAGGUCACGCGCUGAAGUUGGACGGUUCAGGCUGUGACAGCGGCUGCGGUCCACGGGACGACGUCCUUAGUGCAGUCCUCGCUGUCCUCCGAUGUGUGUUUGUCGUCUGCCAUGACUGUUGAUUAAUGAUAAACAUUUCCCAUCGAUGGCUAAAUGUAUUACAGUAAUAUCUAUUUGAAUGCAUAUAAUUAUUCGCAUUUGUGUACAGAAAAUUAUUAAUAUAGUUUUUAACGUGUGUCUGAUAAGUAAUCAUCGUUUGUAUUUUAAAAGAAUGAAGAAUUUGUAAAGAAUUGGUAAAUCAGGUUUCCGGUUACAGCGAAUAAAUACGAAGAAAUACAAGCAACCUAUACAUGAUAUUCGUUUCAUAUAUGUGUAAUACGAUAAGAA